AUGAGACCGUUGCCCUUGUGUAAGAAAUUACAUGUGAGCAAAAUAUCAUCCGUUAUAAAUGUAAAAUAUUACACAUUAACAUCAACACAAUUUAACCCAAGCAAAAACGCUCUACCUGUGUCCAAAAGAGUUGUAGAACUCACUCCUAUUUUAAGCUCUACUUUGAAAGGAAAACAUUUGGUGGCUCUCGCUAGUACGUUGUGUAACAAUUAUAAGUCAUUUAUCGCACACAAAGAUGCAGACAUUGUUUCUAGAUUUUGGUUUAUAAUCAUAGCUAGAUUGAUUGAUCUGAUCAAUACAUCAGUUGAAGAUUGUACUGUGUAUUUGUGGAAGCAAAGGAUUCCACACAAUGGAUCGAUUUAUUCAAACACUAGUAAACAAAUUAACCUUGCUGAGGUUACAAAAUUACUGAAAUACUUUUCAAUUAUCCGUCUUAUGGAUCAAGAAUCCCCUGUAUCACGAUUACUAAACAAUGCACAAUGGAUAACACAUUUAUUAAAUUCAAAAUUGCAAAAUAAAAUGAUCCCAAAUAUUGCACCUGUGAACCCUGUUGGCAACACUCCAUUUUUUAACAGAAUCUUUACACCAAUAUUAUCUGAAACAUCAAAUGCACCAAACGAUGAAACUAUUAAUUCAUGCAAUUUCACUAAUGCGCCAAGUCACCUUGUCAAGUAUGAAUGGAUUUUAGACCAAUCAUUCAAUUUUUGCAUGCCAAUUGGGUAUUCUGAUCAUAUUACAUCAGUUUCAGACUUUAUCACGGCCCUAAAAGCCACUCUAAUUACUAACAUUAACGAUUAUAUCCGAUCAAACUGUGAUACAAAUUGUUAUGCAAAGCUAUCAAUGUAUAUAGCAAUGUUAUCACCAAGUAAACCAAUUUCUCCACCUUACUUUAACGAAAUUAUUUUGAAAAAUUUGGAUCAAAUGAAAAAUCAAAUAUCUGAACAUAUAUGUACAAAUAUUAAUUCACUUAAACCUCAGCUAUUUGCAUUUAUAGCUAAUGCAUCUGGUAUAGGGGGAAAUCUAACAGUAUUGGAUUGUUUAGAAAAGUAUCUAAUUGGUGAGGACGGAUUGCCUACAGGUUUGGCAAUGUCAUUACAUCCGGACCAUUUGGAAAACAUUUGUUACGCAUUCUCAAGGCGAAGGGUUAUUAAAAGGGGCGUGUUCGAAUCAUUAGCCAUUAUUGUUCAAUACAAAUUUGACGAUUUUAACCCGAUAGUAACGUUAAAUCUACUGUUUAGCUUCUCUCGUGUUAAUAAUGUGGAUAUGGUUGCUAAGUAUCUAAUUAAUAAGAUAAAUACAUAUACCCAUGAGCAAUUACUUAGAGUUUCUGAAAAAGUCCUGGCCAAUGCAAUGCAAGCGCUUGCUAGUUUUUACAACCACCCUGAGCCAUAUGUAAAAUUGGCCCAAGUAAUUACAGCCAAAAGGACUAAAUCCACCGGUUUUAAUAAUGACAAAGUCAUAUAUAGCAGUGUGAUUAAACGAUUAUUGGAAAGGGGCGUAAUGAAUGAACCAUUGGGUGAUUGUAUACUAUACAAUCAACUAAUAAAACUAGUCAAUACAUAA